AUGCGCAGUGCCCUCCGGCCUAGCCCGGCCAACAGGCCUGUCCCGGACCGCCCGGCGUCAGACGGAGCGACGGGGCCGGCCGCAGCCUCAGCCAUGCGUCCCUCGGCGGCGGGCAGGCUCCUCUUGGCCUGCAGCCUUACUUUCCUGCCCUUCUUCACAGGGCAUCCUGCAUCACCUCCCAAGCCAGCCUCCCACGUCACCUGGGUGGUGUACCGAUUCACGGCCAGGAGCACUGACUGUUCCUGCUCCCACGUCACCUGGGUGGCGUACCGAUUCACGGCCAGGAGCACUGACUGUUCCUGCUCCCACGUCACCUGGGUGGUGUACCGAUUCACGGCCAGGAGCACUGACUGUUCCUGCUCCCACGUCACCUGGGUGGUGUACCGAUUCACGGCCAGGAGCACUGACUGUUCCUGCUCCCACGUCACCUGGGUGGUGUACCGAUUCACGGCCAGGAGCACUGACUGUUCCUGCUCCCACGUCACCUGGGUGGUGUACCGAUUCACGGCCAGGAGCACUGACUGUUCCUGCUCCCACGUCACCUGGGUGGUGUACCAAUUCACGGCCAGGAGCAUUGACUAUUCCUGGCCACCUCCUUGCACCUUUCCUGGUUCCCUCAGCCUCUCAAAGUUCUCAUCUUUCCUUUGAUGAGAACGAGAAGGGCAGACUGAAAAUAGACUCACCACCCACCUGUCCUUUCCCCCUGCCCCAUACUGGUGGACCAGCAUCACAGUAAAAAUAGUUACCACUUAGUAAGAAUUCAUUAUGAGCCAACUUAGAAUUUUUGAUAAGAUAAAAGAGUUCAGCAUAAUUUUACAUAAAAUUAGUUUUUUCUUGAUAUAUUUUCUUCUCUUCUGCUUUCCACACCUAAUAA